UAGUUAUGAUUCAACAUGGCCGAUAAUACACGAGAAGUGCGAAUUGAAGAGCAAUUAAAAGUGAAAAUUGGAGAAGCUAAGAAUCUAAGUAGCCGUAAUGCAGCUAAUACAAGCUGCAGCACCCAAGGCACUCGUGAUGUUUAUUGUACCAUCGCAUUGGAUCAGGAAGAAAUAUGCCGCACUCCCACCAUAGAACGAACACUUUCACCAUUUUUUGGUGAGGAAUAUCAGUUUAAAAUACCGCGCCGGUUUCGCUACCUGUCCGUAUACGUGUGGGAUCGUGAUCGUCACAUAAAACAGGAUAAACCGAUUGGUAAAAUAGCUAUAAAAAGGGAGGAGUUACAUAUGUACAAUCAUAAGGAUCAUUGGUUUUCGCUACGACCCGUUGAUUCGAAUUCCGAAGUGCAAGGUAUGGCACAUAUUGAGGUGCAAUUCGAUGAGGGUGUCCCACCGAUUAACGAGCAACGUAUUAAUCUGUUGCGACCGAGUGAUUAUGAAUGUAACAAUAGUGAAGUUAUUGAGGAGCUAGUAAGCCUACAACAACAUCAAGCCUUUCAAAAUGAUUACAAAGAAAACAAUGAACUAAGCAAUAUACAACGAAACAAUGCCCAAAAAGCCCGUAACACAGCAGUUGGCGGUCUGUUCAGCAAUCUCCAACAGAGCGUCGAGCAGGGUUCCAUUUGGAAAAGUGCGGCUAUCGCAAGCAAUGCGAAACAUUCAAGAGUGAUAAUAAGAGUGCCAGAGUGCGUAGACUUGUCGAAAAAGAAUGGAACUUGCGAUCCUUAUGUGAUGUGCACGGCAUUAUACUCUAAUAAGCGGCAAAUAUCAAAGCGUACAAAGUUGCGCAAGAAGACUGUCAAUCCAGAAUUUGAUGAAGCAAUUGGUUUCGAUAUGUGCAUUGAAGCCGAAUCGUCUUCGUCAACGAAGUCGUUACAAGCGCAAUACGAUGUGAGUAGCGGCAGCGGUACAAUUAAUUCGAACAAAGCAUACACCAUAUAUCCAGUGGGGGGAGCGGACCUUUGCGAGAUAACAGUAACGUUGUGGCACGAUGCAUCGGGCAUGUCAGAUAAGGUAUUUCUCGGGGAAGUGAAAAUACCGAUGCACAACAAACAACAGCAAGCCGCCGUGCAGACGUCCGCUUGGUACUACCUGCAACCUAAAUCAGCGAACACAUCGAUACGGGCGGUGAACUCAACUGCACGCUCAUGCGCCACACCGCCCGGCACACGUUUAAGUGGAGAUAGUACAAUAGGUUCGUUACGUUUGAAACUACUUUAUACUGCCGAUCACGUUUUCCCACUCGCCACUUACGAUGAUUUAAUGAACCUAUUGCUCGAAUCGGUUGAUCAACGACCCAUAACCCUUUCAUCCGUUUUUAUAUUGGGGGAAUUGGUGUCAUGCAAAACCGACGUUGCUCAACCUUUAGUGCGUUUAUUUACUCAUACCGGACGGAUAGCACCAAUAAUAAAAGCGCUAGCCGACCACGAGAUCUCCCACCUUACCGAUCCCACAACGAUAUUUCGCGGUAAUACGUUGGUUUCAAAAAUGAUGGACGAAGCGAUGCGUUUAUCAGGCUUGCAUUAUUUGCAUCAGACACUUAGGCCCGUUUUAGCACAAAUACUUACCGAAAAGAAACCCUGCGAAAUUGAUCCGUCCAAGGUAAAAGAUCGUUCUGCUGUUGAUACAAAUCUUCAUCAUUUGCAAGAUUACGUGGAGCGAGUAUUUGAUGCUAUAACGAAAAGCGCAGUCCGAUGUCCAAAAGUGUUGUGUCAAAUAUUUCAUGAUUUACGUGAAUGUGCUGCCCGUCACUUUCCACGAAAUCGUGAGGUGCGCUAUUCCGUGGUAUCUGGUUUCAUAUUUUUACGCUUUUUUGCACCUGCAAUAUUGGGCCCAAAAUUGUUUGAUUUAACCACCGAACCAUUGGAUUGCCACACGAACCGUACUCUAACAUUGAUCUCAAAAACUAUUCAAUCCUUGGGUAAUCUCGUUAGCUCGCGUUCCUCCCAGCAGCCAUGCAAGGAAGAGUAUACUGGGCAAUUGUAUAAGAAGUUUUGCACGGAGAAACAUCUCGAAGCUGUUAAAAGAUUUUUGGAAAGCAUUUCCGCCUCACCUAGCGAUGAUGAGAAUAAUUUGGCACUUGAUCCAAGCAAGCUAUAUUUAACACGGGAAAUUAAUCCCGAGCCAGUAUUACUUAAAGAGGGCAUUAUGACCAAAUACCUUCAGUGUCGUAAGAGAUUUGGACGACGACCUUUCAAGCAACGUUACUUUCGAUUGACCACACAAUCACUUAGCUAUGCAAAAUCAAAAGGCAAACAACCCAUCUGUGAUAUACCUUUGACGGAAAUCGAGCGUGUGGAGCAACUAAAUGAUAAGAAUUUUAAAAUGCAAAACUGUUUCAAGAUUAUACGCAAAGAGCGUUCUCUUAUCGUACAAACUACGAACUGUGUCGAGGAGCGUGAAUGGAUUGACUUGUUACACAAAAUAUGUCUCACAAAUUCUAUACGAUCGCAGCAUUUUCAUCCGUCGGCAUUCGUAAAUGGCGUUUACAGUUGCUGCAAUCGAUCGGAUGAAAAUGCACCCGGAUGUAAAAAUUUUCCCCCCGAGACAAUGAAUUACUUUCAAAUGGAUUUAAUAACAGCUCUUGAUCCUGCACUCGAUUUGCAGCGCAUUCACACGCUCAUAAUGUCGCAUAUGACACAACUGGAGGCCUUUCUUGAUCAAACAGGUGGUUUUCAUCAUUUGCAACAGCAACAUAAUCCUCUGUUAGCUACUGCGUUAUCUCUGCAACAGCAAUCACCACAUGCGUACGCAAAAUUCAAAGCAAUACUUGUACAGUUGCGUGAGGUUGCCUACGUGAUAGAUAAAGAUCAUCGUAAUUAUAAGCAAGGCAUUGCGCGUGAAUUGAAAUACGGCAGUCGGCAGGCACCGAUUGGCGAUGAUAAUUAUUUACAUAUGAUGCGGACGGCUGGACAUAUGCAAAUACAGCAGUCGCAACAGCAGCAACAGCAGCAGCAGCAACAAGUCUUGCCACAAAUGCAGCAUGUUAUGGCUUAUCCAUAUCACCAACAACAACAACAGCAGCAGCAGCAGCAGCAACAACAACAACAACAACAAUUACACGGUAAUAUGAAUGCUUACUGCAUGCAUUUGCAGCCGCAACAGCAUCGACAGCAAAUUACUUACUAUCAACAGCAUCAUCAUCAACAGCAACAACAGCAACAACAUUUAUUACGCGCCACAGCCACAGUGCACCAUCAACAGCAUUCAACAAAUGUAUCAUCAAGUAACUCAUCGACGACAUCAAGCGUUACACCGGUUACACCAACACCACCGAGCAUUUAUUCAGAACGUUACGCUAAUAAAUGUUGAUAGUGAAAAUUGAUUAAAUCUAAAACGAUGUUAAGAUUCUUAUGUACAAACAAAUUUAUAUUCAUAUAAACACAUAUAAAAAUACAUACAUACUUACAUACAUACAUACAUACACGCG